GAGAAGCAAGAAGCAGCACCAUGGCAGGCAAGAAAGUCUGCAUUGUCGGCUCCGGCAACUGGGGCUCAGCCAUUGCCAAGAUCGUGGGUAGCAAUGCAGGCCAGCUGGCACACUUUGACCCGCGGGUGACCAUGUGGGUUUUUGAGGAAGACAUUGGGGGCAGAAAGCUCACUGAGAUCAUCAACACGCAGCACGAGAAUGUUAAAUACCUGCCGGGGCACAAGCUGCCCCCCAAUGUGGUGGCUGUCCCAGAUGUGGUCCAGGCUGCAACAGGUGCUGACAUCCUGGUUUUUGUGGUACCCCAUCAGUUCAUUGGCAAGAUCUGUGACCAGCUCAAGGGCCACUUGAAGGCCAAUACUAUUGGCAUAUCUCUUAUUAAGGGGAUAGACGAGGGCCCCAACGGGCUGAAGCUCAUCUCUGAAGUGAUUGGGGAACGCCUCAGCAUUCCCAUGAGCGUGCUGAUGGGAGCCAACAUUGCCAGCGAAGUGGCUGAUGAGAAGUUCUGUGAGACGACCAUUGGCUGCAAGGACCCAGCCCAGGGACAGCUCCUGAAGGAGCUGAUGCAGACACCCAACUUUCGUAUCACUGUGGUACAAGAGGUGGACACAGUGGAGAUCUGUGGGGCCUUGAAGAAUAUAGUGGCCGUUGGGGCUGGCUUCUGUGACGGGCUUGGCUUUGGUGACAACACCAAGGCAGCGGUGAUCCGGCUGGGGCUCAUGGAGAUGAUAGCCUUCGCCAAACUCUUCUGCAGUGGCUCUGUGUCCUCGGCCACCUUCCUGGAGAGCUGCGGGGUCGCUGACCUCAUCACGACCUGCUACGGGGGUCGGAACCGCAAGGUGGCAGAGGCUUUCGCUCGCACCGGAAAGUCCAUUGAGCAGCUGGAGAAAGAGAUGCUGAAUGGGCAGAAGCUACAGGGGCCCCAGACAGCCCGGGAGCUGCACAGCAUUCUCCAACACAAGGGCCUUGUGGACAAGUUCCCCUUGUUCACUGCGGUGUACAAAGUGUGCUAUGAGGGUCAGCCAGUGGGCGAAUUCAUCCGCUGCCUGCAGAACCACCCAGAACACAUGUGAAUGGAGCCAGGGCCCAGGACAGGCGGCUCCUUUGCCCCAACGGAGACACCCGUCAUCAGGACGGUCUCAAGGACUCCCCAUCCGGCAGAGUCCUCACUGAGGAACCCUGAGGACAGGAGGCUGUGGGGCUCGGCUAUACACCUGGAGGUGCGGAACUGCUGCUGAACCAGCAACCCCUCCACGCUUCUCUUCUUCGCUUCCUCGCUGUCCUCUGGGAAGUGUAGAACCAAGCCUCGGGCUGCCUGCUCUAGGGGUGGGGUUGGGGGAAGGGAAGGCUUGAAGUCAAGGGCUGCUGGUUGCUGCCUCACACACACUGGGAAACUGUCCCAAGUCCCAUUAAAUGGCUGAAGAAGUACUUUAGCCACAGGAAAGAUGAGGCAGAGGCUGCCAAGGGAAGGGUCUGGAUGCCUGAGCCGACACGGACCCUUUGGCUGACCUCUGACCUCUGGCAGGCCCCGCCCAACGUCAAUGAUCUCACUGUUUGCUAACAGAAUACAAAGCUCUCAAAACCUCCCUUUUAACUUCUCCUAGCAACAUCUGCAUCCACGGAAGCCUCUGCUUCCCCUUCCCCCCAGGCUACUCUGGCACAAGAAUCCUCCACACUGGCAUCUCUGGCCCCCGGGGCGCUCCAUUCUUCCCAGAGACUUCCUGGUUCCUAGGGCUUUGCCAGGACCUCCCCACCCUGCGUGACCUUUCCAAGCUUUCCCUCCCUCGCCUGCACCCAGCUGCCAGCACCCUCUUUGGGGAGCAGGAACUUAAUCUGCUGACCGAGCUACACUUUUUUCAGAGCAGGCUCAGAUGGCUCAGGCUCCCCUGACCUUCCUAUUGGUCCACCUCCCCCGUCAGGAGCUCUUGCUGGGAGAAGUGUCAGCCAGCCCCUCCGACUGGACUGCUGACACUUUUUUAAAAAAGGCAUCCUGACCCCAUACCUUUCUUCUCAGGGUCCUCACCCACAAGGCCACUGCCUCCAGAGUCACCACCAACUUCGUGUCUAACAAUGUAGGAUUCAUAGCUCAUCUUCCUCAGCUCCUUCAGCCCAUAUUUUUUUUUCUUUUUUUUUUUUUUUUUGGUUUUUCGAGACAGGGUUUCUCUGUGUAGCCCUGGCUGUCCUGGAACUCACUCUGUAGACCAGGCUGGCCUCGAACUCAGAAAUCCACCUGCCUCUGCCCCCCAAGUGCUGGGAUUAAAGGCGUGCGCCACCACCACCCGCCAAUUCAGCCCAUAUUCUUGACUCUACCCUUUCCUCUUGUCCAAGCCAGCAGUGCGUCUUUCAGCGGUUCUCACACAGCCGGGAGUGCUACCCAGCAUCUGUAGGCUUGGAGCCUAGGGGAAGCUCUAAAGUUCAGUAGCUUUUCACAAUGGUUGGUGGGUCUUGAUAGCCCAAGGCCAGCUGUCCUUGGACCGAGGUCCUAACCAUACUCAUCAGGAGCUGGGGAACUGAGGGAAGGACAAGGAAAACAACCUGCCCUAGGGUGAGGGAAGAGCAGAGGGGGAUGGGAGUAUGCUUUGCACUGGCCCUGUUCCAAGGUUGGGUGGCAGCAGGAGAAUGUCACAGAUCAGCAGCCUGGAGCCCUAGCUAUAAAUAGUCUCUGGGAGCUGAGAGGUUUCUCUCUCCACCAGGGGUCUCCAUUUCGUGUGUGGCAGCAACUGGCACACCCUGGCUCUGGCCAGCUUGAUAUUAAACUAACACACUAAGGUGCCAGGUCCCUCUCUGCUCCUAGCCUUUAAGAACUCGGUCUUACCAAUGAAGGUCAAAGCUGUCUGCUAAGGUGAAGAGGGGGAGCCUUGUCAUCGAUCCUGACUGGGCAGGAACCCUCCCACGCGUGACUCACUCCAGAGCUGUUUCUCAGGAGGCUGGGGCGGGAUGCAGACAGAUUCCAACACCUUAACCUAUGUUUGCUCAGCCAGUCAACUGUGAAUCUGAGGCCUUCUGUCAGGCCACCUGUCUACCCAAUAAAGUGUGGUUUUUCCAGAA